UAAUUUAAUUUUUCCAAUUCAGCACGCAGCUGUUUUCGAUUUUUUUAUUUUUCCUUAUAAUGUAUAGAAUUCUCUCUCGUAUACAUGCACAGAAUUAAAAGGCAAUGAGCUGAAAUGUGAAAUAUAAGACGACAAAAUAUAGAGAUAAAAGAACAGAAUGCGGUCCAUGUCUUGCACUCCGCUGCCCUUCUCCUUCUCCGCCUCCUCCGCCCACCGCCACCGCCACCGCCACCAGUGUUCCGCUCAUCCGCCGCCCAUCAGUCGCCAAGAAACAUGCACUUCAUCAUCCGACCUCGACCAAAAAAGGCCAACUUCCAAACCCAAAACGAUACGGUUCCGUUUGAAUCAGCUCUGCAUACAAGGCCAUGUCCACCUUGCCCGCCAACUGUUCGACGAAAUUCCCAAUCCGAGCACCGUACUUUGGAACACCAUUAUCAUCGGCUACAUCUGCAAUGGCAUGCCACACGAGGCUCUGUCUCUGUAUUCCCUAAGGUACUGCUCGCUCAACUGCGAUGCCUACACUUAUUCUUCCAUUCUGAAAGCAUGCGCGGAGACAAAGCAAUUUUUGAUAGGUAAAGUUCUCCAUUGCCAUGUUCUGCGUUCCUCUGUGCAUUCCAGCAAGAUUGUUUACAAUUCUUUGUUGAAUUUGUAUACCGCUUGUCUUCCAAGCUCACCGAUUGAUACCAAAUCUGAUUUUGUGGAGAGGGUGUUUAGGACUAUGCCUAAGCGAAAUGUUGUUUCUUAUAACACAAUGAUUUCUUGGUACACAAAAUCGGGCCGAUUCUCGGAGGCAUUAAGACAUUGGUUGAUGAUGAUGAAAAGGAGUUUAAGACCAACUGUCGUUAGUUUUGUAAAUGUUUUUCCUGCCGUAUCUGGUUUAGGGGCUAUGGAGAUUGCCGGUGCUCUUUAUGGAAUGGUAAUAAAAUUAGGUGACGAGUAUGUUCGCGAAAAAUUUGUUGUGAGCUCUGCUAUCACCAUGUUUUCGGAGCUUGGUUGCCUAGAUGUUGCUAGGAAGAUUUUUGACAAUUGUUUCGACAAGAAUGCGCAUGUAUGGAACACUAUGAUUGGAGGUUACGUUCAGAAUAAUUGUCUGAUCGAUGCACUUGAGCUAUUCCGUGAGGCACUUGAAGCCCAAGAUGGUACUGGAGGUAUAGAUGAUGUAACUUUCCUUUUGGCAAUAAGUGCAGCUUCAGAGUUGCACGAUCUGGAUGUUGCUCGGCAACUACAUUCGUAUAUGGUGAAGUGUUCUUUGGUUUCGUCUGUAAUCCUGCUCAAUGCGAUCGUAUCCCUGUACUCAAAGUGCAAUUCUGUUAGCGAAGCGUUUAAUGUUUUUAGUGAAAUGUCGGAAAGGGAUGUUGUGUCUUGGAAUACCAUGAUAUGCUCCCUUGUACAGAAUGGAUUGGAUGAUGAAGGGCUACUACUUGUUCAUGAGAUGCAGAAAUCGGGAUUUAAAAUUGACGACGUCACGAUCACUGCUCUACUUUCUGCUGCAUCGAAUCUUAGAAACCAGGAAAUUGGCAAGCAGAUCCAUGCUUACAUGAUCAGGCACGAAAUCAGGUUUGACGGGAUGGAGAGCUACCUAAUAGAUAUGUACUCGAAAUCGGGUUCAAUGCUGUGUGCUGAAACAAUCUUUACCAGAAGUUGCAAAGACAACAAUGAUGUGGCUGUGUGGAAUGCAAUGAUUUCGGGGAGUACCCAAAAUGGUUUAGUCGAAGAAUCCUUGGUCAUCUUUCGGCAGAUGGUGGAUGAGAAUGUGCAGCCGAAUGCCGUGACCUUAGCUUCGAUUCUUCCAGCUUGCAGUCAGUUAGGAAAUAUUUCUCUCGGAAAGCAACUCCAUGGUUUUUCCAUCCGUAACUUCUUGGAAAGGAAUGUUUUCGUGAGUUCUGCUCUCAUCGACAUGUACUCAAAAUCCGGUUCGAUCAUUUAUGCCGAAAGAGUUUUUGAGGAGUCGAUAGAAAAGAAUUCGGUCACUUUCACUAACAUGAUAUUGGGAUAUGCUCAGCAUGGCAUGAGCGGGAAAGCUUUUGUGUUAUUUCGUUCGAUGAGGGAACGAGGUAUUAAUCCCGAUGCUAUCACUUUUGUAGCCUUGUUAUCGGCUUGUAGUUACACGGGCUUGGUUGACGAAGGCCUUGAAUUUUUUGAAUCCAUGGAGAGGGAUUUCGGGAUAAGGCCCUCGACAGAACACUACGCCUGCAUUGUCGACUUGUUAGGGAGAGUCGGGAGGGUAGAUGAAGCAUACAACGUUGCUCGAAAGUUGGGUGAUAAUGGCAAUGCCUACCGCAUCUGGGGCUCGUUGCUUUCUGCGUGCAAAACUCAUAAUGAGUUUGAAUUGGGAAAAGUUGUCGCGGAUAAGUUGCUUGAAAUGGAAGGUGCGGGGAGGAUUGCAGGUUAUCGAGUUCUUCUUUCGAACAUACACGCAGAGGAGGGAAACUGGGAAUAUGUUAAGAAUGUAAGGAAAGAAAUGUUGGAAAGGGGGCUGACCAAGGAGAUCGGUUGCAGUUGGAUUAAUGUUCCGGGACAUUCGAGCUGUUUUGUGUCGCGCGACGUAAAUCAUCCGCGUUGUGAUGAGAUAUAUCGACUGUUGAAGCAGUUGGCUGCUAACUCGAAAGAUUCUGACUAUACGCCUCAGGUAAUCGAACUCCAGGCGCCAUGACCGGAAAUAUUCUUUCCUUCGUAGCGACUUGAAGAACAGAUUGCUGUGGUAGUAAAACAGUAAAUGACUGAGGCCUAUGAAGCUGUAGUAAGCGGAUCAUCAUACUCGAGGACGAUGAAGACAACCUGCGUGAUCACAAAAAGCGAGUCAUCGAGGUAGCACAAACCUCGCCUAUUU